ACCAGAAAGCCAAAAUGUCUGAGGAAGUAAGUCGAAGUGUGUUUAGAGUGGUUGGAGUGUUGAGGCGUGAGAAGUGUUGCAUGUUUACGGAAAGGGACUUUCUAACGGUAUAAUAGGCUAAUAACGUUGCUGCAAACUUAGAGCAGAAGAAGAAGAGAACUUUCAAGAAGUUUACUUACCGCGGAGUGGACUUGGACAAGUUGCUGGACAUGCCCUUGAAGGAUUUGAUGGAGCUUGUUGAUGCCCGUGCUCGUCGUCGUUUCCGUCGUGGUCUUAAGAGAAAGCCCCAGGCUCUGAUAAAGAGACUGCGCAUUGCUAAGGCGAACACUCCCGAGAAUGAGCGUCCUCAGCCUGUGAAGACUCACCUUCGUAACAUGAUUGUGGUCCCUGAGAUGAUCGGCUCUGUUGUGGGUGUGUACAACGGAAAGAGUUUCAACAACGUUGAAAUCAAGGCCGAGAUGAUUGGUCACUACUUGGGCGAGUUCUCGUUGACUUACCAGCCUGUGAAGCACAACCGGCCUGGUAUUGGUGCUACUCACUCUUCGAAGUUCAUUCCUUUGAAGUAAGAGUUCUACUGUCAGACUGUUGGUGGAUUGGUAUUUGUGUUGUUUGUUUUAAAAAGAGUUGAGGGAGGAGAGGAAUAGAGAA